AAGUCUCCACAGCAGCAAGCAGGGUGCAUCUCCACUGGGAAGGGCGGUGAGGAGCAGAGGGAAACCAGGUCCCCGUAGCCCCAGUCCCCGCGCCGGCUGGCCCAUCUCCGGAGGAAUUCCCACCUGUGCGCGCCGCAAGCCGGGCGGGGGCGGGCCGGGAGGGGCCGGGCCAGGCGCCCCAGCACCGGGUCCGUCCUCUGCGUGCGCCUGCGGCUGGGGCAGGGAGAGGCUUCAAUACCCGAAAGCGGCCGCAGUUCGGCCCUGCGUAGGCUCUGCGGGUAGGGAAGUUCUCGCUGUGUUUAUUGCGGGACACCGGGAGGAGCGUGGCCAGUGCCCUGAGGGAGCAGUACGGAGCAUGGACAAGCUGAACAAGCUCGCUGUGCCGGCCGGGGAAAAAUUCAGGAAGCUUCAAAAGAUGGUACACGAUAUCAAGAAAAAUGAAAGUGGGAUAAUAAACAAAUUCAAAAAGUUCCAAAAUGAACAAGUGGCCUUAAUUUGCAAAACUGGGAAAGAUACUUGGGAUCGGCUAAAAAAAAAACCUCCUCCAAGACUACCACAAAGGGAUUAUGCUUCAGAACAUGCAGACAAUGAAGAGGAACAAUGGUCAGAUGACUUUGACAGUGAUUAUGAAAAUCCAGAUGGUCACUCUGACUCUGAGAUGUAUGUGGUCCCCAGUGAGGAGAAUCCUGAUGACAGCUAUGAACCACCUCCAAGUGAACAGGAAAAAAAGAUUCCCUCCUCAUUCCCUAUUUCUAGAGGUGAAUAUGCAGACAAUCGCAACAGUCACCAUCAGCUUCCUCCCAUCAACAAACCUCUUCCAAGCACACCCAGUUCAGCCUUGCCCAGACCAAAUAAACCAUCCAAGCCAUCCCUGCCAUCUCCUGCUGCAAAACCAAAAUUACCACCGAAGCCAAGGGAGUGCAGUGAUGAUGAGGAUAAUUACAUUGUGCCAGUCGACAAUGAUGAUAACUAUAUUGAACCCACAGAAAGCAGCACACCGCUACCUGUAAAACCUCCUGUGAACAGAUUUAUGAAGCCACCCACAAAAUCAGCUCUCCCUACUCCUACAAAGCUCUCUCUUGCUUCUGACAUGCAAGAAGUGUACGAGGUUCCUGAAGAAGAGGAAGAACUUUCACCACCACCUGUAACCAGGUUCACUAAACCACUUCCUGCUACACGUGUUCAGAAUGCAGAGAACUCGCACAUGCACAGCAUGACCAGAGAGUCACCUAAGCUGGACGCUUCCAGGAAUAUUUUGCCUCUCCCCAGAAAUCGCCUUCAUACAAAAACAGACCAUGAAGCAAACAAUAAUGAUGAAAAUCAUAGCUUCAAUAAUAUACAAGAAUCUAAGUUUCAUACUGGAACAGCUCCAUCUCCAUUGCCAAGGGCUCUAAAGAAAACUUCUAAUGCAGUAAAUCCAGCAAAACCAUGCUUGCCUUGCAGAGACACCUUCACUGUAAAUGAAGAGAAACCUACAGCAGCAGAACGACGACGAGGUUCCGGCCUUGAGUUCCCACUUCCACCUCUUCCGAGUGGUACCUCAAAGUCUUCGCUCCAAAAGCCCUUAGUUCUGCCAAAGGUGCCAGAAGUCCCAAGCCGUGCUCUGGGUACUUCCCCUCACAGCAGCAUUUCAUCCAUUUCAAUUACUGCAGACCAGGAUGCUGGUGUUCAUAGUAAAGCAUGGUAUGCUGCAACCUGUGAUCGGAAAACAGCAGAAGAUGCACUGUAUCGAUCUAACAAGGAUGGAUCUUUCCUAAUAAGAAAGAGUUCUGGACAGGAUUCAAGGCAACCGUACACACUGGUUGUGUUUUAUAACAGAAGAGUAUACAACAUUCCUAUACGUUUUAUUGAAUCAACAAGACAGUAUGCAUUAGGAAGAGAAAAAUGUGGUGAAGAGCGUUUUGACAGUGUUGCUGAAAUAGUAGAGAAUCACCAGCAUACCUCCUUGGUUCUAAUUGACAGCCAAAACAACACAAAAGACUCAACAAAACUGAAAUAUAUUGUAAGAGUUUCUUAACUGAACUGAAAUGCUGAGAUGAAGACUUUUUAAUCAUUUGCUUCAACACCCCAAACCGUGUGGAUCAGGAGUUUAAAAGAACAUCCACAGUGAUGGAAAAUACUCUUCAACAUCUACUGAGCAGUAAGAUAUGCAGUUCAAGUCCAACUCUGUCUCUUUACAAAAAAAAGCCUACUUAAUGUAAGAAACAAAGUGGAUACAUGGUCAUCUGUGACUUCCACCUGUGACAACAGGGGUAUUGAAAGUCAGGUGAACAGUUGCGUACCACAACCUUGUCCUCUGACUGCUAUUUAAAGAUGUAUUUCCCCUAGGACAUUCUCACUUGAAAAGUGAGAAUAUCCACAGUGGUCUACUUGUUCCAUUUGUUAAGAUUACCACACAUCACUGCUCUCAGUAAUUUCUUUGUAAAGUGCACAUCCUCAGAAAUAAGAGCAGCUGAACUUAAUGUACUGCCAUGUACAAGCUGGAAAUGGGACUGUACUUUACAUGAAUAAAGCUUUACAGCAAUAAAGCUGUCAAUGGUUUAGAUUAAUGGACAUGUUGUCCUUCCUUCAGCUUUACUCUCUCAUUAAUAUUUUUGUUUGUUUUUUCAAAUGUGCAAAUAAAGUUAAAUAUUGUAAAGUCAA